AUGAGCGAUUCUCGAUUGAAAAGUAUUCUUUUCGCGACUCUAACUUGUGCAGUUACAAUUGGAAUUUUCGUUACGGACAUUCUUGGGACUUGGCUUCACUGGCAACUUACCGCUCAUCUUUGUAAGUCCAGUAGUUUGCGACGCCACCACCGAAAGAUGACCAACUACUGUAUGGAGAUGUGGUGCUUCUUGAGAGGCGGUGCUUCUACGGAGGGAUUUGAAAGGAAUUGCCGCAGUAGUAGUGAUGAAAAUAAUAAUAAUAAUAAUAAUAAUAAUAAUAAUAAUAAUAAUAAUAAUAAUAAUAAUAUCAGCUACAAAAAUUCAAAGUUAGCAUGGUACGACAAGUAUUUGACUCGAUUCUUUUUGUUGCCCCUGGUCAUUGUUUGCGUCUUCGCUUCCACCAGUCAGUUCUCGGGGAUCAACGUCGUAGAAUUCUACAGUAUGACAUUGUUAACUGAAGUUUCUGGACCGGAAAAUGCAUAUCUGGCUACUUUAGUUCUGGAUGUUGCAUCAGUAGCAUUCAGCAUUGUCGCAUGUUGGAUGGUAGCUAUGUAUCCUAGACGUUUACUCACGAGCAUAUCUGGCUAUGGAACCGCACUGACUCUCUUUGCUUUGUCAGCAUGUUUGUUAGCUGAUUACGGUAAACCUUGGAUGUCUAUUGUGUUACUUUUCAUCCACACUUGUACAGUGACAAUCGAACUAGUACCGUUGCCUUGGCUUCUCUGUGGUGAAGUUUUUACAGAUACUAGCACAAGAGCCUUUGGAUCGGCAUUGAGUAGUGGUUUCGCUUUUUUUUUUCUUUUUCUGUGCCGUAAAAACCGGGCCGAUUGUGUUGGAUAUAUUUUUUAUCACAAGGCACGUUUGCCAUUUAUGGUUUGGUCGCUCUCCUAG